AUGUGUAGUGAACCUAACAGUAGUCCUGGUUCUCCUUAUUCUGAACCACGUAUACCUCAACCAACAGAUCCGAACCCUUUUUUACCUUCUUCACUUCAAAAACAACAUGCUACUUGUUCUAUGCCUAUUUCUCGUUCCGAUUCACCUGUCUCCAAUCAAACGGAUCCUCGACAGCUAUUACAGGCUGUCAAGAAUCUGAUGCGUAAUCGUCAUGGCAAUGUAUUAGCACGCAACACGAUAUUAAAAAUGGAUCAUUUUGAAAAAGGCAUGAAUACAAAACUUGAUUUCCAUUUACAAGGUGCGCCUAAUUUUCGUAUGGCUAAUUUGAAUGUCUAUGGUGUUGCACAACCCACAACAAUUGGGUUAUCUACUGUACUGGCCUUAUUAAACUGUCAUCCAAAGAGUACUAUACCCACAACAUGUACAUGGUUUCUUACUCGGGAAGAACCUUUAAUCUACAUCAAUGGAUACCCUUAUGUACUUCGUGAUUAUGCAGAUCCAUUACAGAACAUGGUUUCUUUUUUAGGUAUCAAUGCUACUCGACUCGAGAAAUUAGAAGAACGACUCAAGGCAGAUGUGGAAAGAGAAGCCAAAGCGAUGGGUGGACUUAUCCUUGUACAUCAAGAACUCGCGGAUAGUUCAGUGGUGCCUUGCUUCAUUGCUGCUGAUCAAGUACAAACACCUCGAGAAUUAUUCGAACAGUUUAAGCAGAAUGACUAUCGUGUCAAUUACUUCCGUAUUCCUAUUUCACCUGAACAAGCACCCGAAGAUAACUAUUUUGAUGAAUAUGUUAGAGUCAUUCGAUCACUUGAACCUACAGAUCCAUUGAUCUUUAAUUGUGGCAUGGGUGUUGUUCGAACUACGGUGGGUAUUGUGUUGGCUCAAAUCAUUCGACGCACACAGCUGAUUGAAGCCCACCAAUGUGAGCCAUUUCCUAUUCCUGGUUAUCAUCAUGAAGCAAGUCGAAUUGAACUCUUGAAAGGAUGGGAGGAUGUUGAUGGUCAGAACCAUGCAUUAAUGCGAUUGAUGUACAUUUUGGAGCAAGGCCUGGAAUCGAAAAUGUCCCCUCGCUCUGCUAUUGAAUGGGCUUUGGAGCGUGGGCCUAUGAUUGAAAAUUUAAAAGAGGCCAUCACAGGCAAUUAUCAAGUCAUUACGUCUUUGGUGGCUGUGUUGGAUAGUGGUGAUUUCAGCAAAAAAAUGUUGGAUGAAGUCAUUGACCAAUCGGAUGCGGUGAUCAAUUUGCGUGAAGACAUCUUACUCAACCGAAUCAAACAAACCGCCCAACCUUCUUCAGACACUAGUUUCAUGAGGAAAGCAGGCGCUGGUAUUCAACGCUAUUUCUCGCUUUUAUGCUUUGCUUCUUAUAUCAAUGAAUCUCCUAAUACUCGAUUUGAACUCAAGUUUUCAGACUGGCUAAAAGCACGUACUGAAAUCUGGACCAUGUUACAGAGCAUUCGACGCAAAAGUCCUAAAUUAUACUUAUUUCGACCUGUGGAUGAUUUGCAUCGAUUGACAAAUCAUACAGGUAUCUACAGUGCUUCAUUUCAGCGUCGUCGUCAACAGACAUUGCCUGGUAUGUUUGAUAUGGAUCAAGCCAUGGUGGUGCCUGAACUUGAAUCCUUUAUUUUAAAGUCUCGUACAGGUGUUGUCCUUACUUCACAAACCAUUCUCAAGAUUGAUUUCUGGAGUGCGGCUAGUCAAUUGGAUGCCGAUGAACACAACCAGCUUCAGAAACUACCUACGCCAGGCAACGCCAUGCAAGAGGAACAUAUCCAUCCACCUCAACGCCACCAUGUCUUUUUAGUAGAAGGAGGCUCUAAUUUCAGGCGCAUCAAACACACACAAGUCUAUGGUAUUGCUCAACCCACGGUCGAUGGGUUGCGUACCGUCCUACGUCGCUUAGUGAGCCAUACGCCCAACCAGCGCAUUCAAUGGGUCAACCUAAGAGAAGAACCGAUAAUCUAUAUCAAUGGCAUUCCUUAUGUCUUGCGUGAUCGUUAUUUUACAUUGCGUAACAUGAGAGUCUAUAAGGGUAUCACAGGGCCUCGCUUAGAGGGACUUGAGGAACGACUAAAGCAGGAUGUAGUGCGUGAAGUCAAUAGUUAUGACGGACGUAUCUUGUUGCAUGGUGAAGACAAAGAUGGCCAUGUCUUGGCUGCUUGGGAAGAAGUGAAUGUGGAGGAUAUCAUGACAGUCAGAGAAGUCAUGAUGUCAAUUGCUGAACAAGUAGCAGAGGAAUCAGACGAUGAAGCGACAGAAGGUAAGAUGGAUUAUUAUCGUAUUCCUAUCACUUCUGAAAAUGCGCCUGAAUGGUCUGAUUUUGAUGAAAUUCGACGUUUAAUCAGUGGUGCCGAUCUAUCAAAGACAGCGUUUGUCAUGAACUGUCAAGUAGGGUUGGGUCGAUCCACCUUGGGCACUAUUAUCGCCACCAUGAUUACAAACUGGAUCAAGGCCAAACCCCCACCCACACAUCAAGACAAAGAGAAAUGCAACUAUCUCAACUACCAAAUCAUCAACAGUCUAUUGCGUGUCAUCAAAAAUGGUCUCGAAGUCAAGCGCAAUGUCGAUACCAUCAUUGAUGAAUGUGGUGCCUUUUUAAACUUGCGUGAAAUGAUCGAAUCAGAACACAUCAAGGCAGAGAACGAAACCGACGAAACCAAAAAAGCAGCUUAUAUUCGUCGCGGUGUGGCUGCUUUGCAUCGUUACUUUGCCUUGCUCUGUUUUGGCGCUUAUCUCGAUUCGACUUUGCCUGAAGAAGCCAAUAAGACCGAGUCCUUUGAGGCCUGGAUGGAUCGACGACCCGAGAUUGGUACCUUGUUGCAUGAAUUCAAUGACCGUGAUGAGCAGUUGAUUAUUCCUGUUGAGAAAUCUUUUGGGGAUGGUAUGGCCUUAUCCAGUGAAGUCAUGAGUGUGGUUGCUUCUCGUCAUGGCCAAGUGUUGGCUCAACAGACGAUCUUGAAGCACGAUGCAUUUCCCGGCUGUCAAAAGAUGAGCCUGAAAGAAAAGUUGGAAGGCGCUUAUAACUUUCGACGUGUGCCUGUGAAAGAAGUCAAACUGGCUGUCAAGGUGGCCAGUAAAGCAGCCGAUCAGAGUGGGUUAGCAGCUGAUUUAGAACAGCCAGAUGACGCUGUAUUGGAACCUCCUUUUAUUUGUGGAUGUGCGAUGCCUUCUAAAGAUGCUAUCAAGGCUGUGCUGAAACGUAUGCAGGCGGGACCCGGUGGUAAACGUACUGUUUUGUGGACCUGUCUUCGUGAAGAACCUGUGCUGUAUGUCAAUAAACAACCCUACGUGUUGCGACUGUUCCAAGAUCCUUUAAAGAACUUGGAAUCCACAGGUAUCACUACAGAUCGUGUGGAAGGCAUUGAGGAACGUAUGAAAUUGGAAGCCUUGAAUGAAUGGAAAGAAUACGAAGGGCGUCUUUUGCUUCAUGAUGAAAAGCCAAAUGAGCGAGGUGAAUUUGAUUUAGUGGGUAUAUGGGAGACAGUCAAUGUAGAAGAGAUUGAGACACCUAAAGAAGCAUUUCAGUCCAUUAUUGAUGAAGGAUAUCAAGUAGACUAUCUUCGUAUUCCAAUCACAGACGAACAAGCACCUAUUCCGGAUGUCUUUGAUCAAUUGAUCAGUCGUACCAAAGCAGCUAAUGCAGGUGUCGAUGUCUUGUAUAACUGUCAAAUGGGGCGUGGUCGUACGACAACAGGCAUGGUGACAGCAUGUUUAAUGGCCAUGGUUAUGAACAAUGAUUCUAUCUUUGUGGAUGACAAACGAGACUCUAUUGUUAUUCCACCCAUGUUAACUAGACAACCUUCGCUCUAUAACAGUGAAAAUGAAGAAUCCAUGGAGGAAAGCUACCACAAUGGUGAAUUCAAAAUCAUUCUUCAACUGAUGAGCAUGCUGACGUACGGUAAACUGGCCAAGCGAUUCACAGACAGAGCCAUCAAUAUGUGCGACCAUAUGCAGAAUCUAAGAAAGGCUAUUUUUGAUUACAAGUUGCGUAUGGAUGCAACCGAAGACCCUAAAUCCUACAAGGCAAUUAAAGAAGUAGCCUUGAAUUAUCUGAUUCGAUACUUUUAUCUGAUUGCGUUUGCUAAUUAUUUAUUGGAAGAAUUGGCAAGCAAACAACAUCAAGAAGAAUGUAUGGACGGUGCUAUUUGUGAUGAAGGUGUAGAAACACUGCCUAGUUUUAAAAAGUGGUUAAGCAGUCGAAGAGAAAUUACCAAUAUCCUUAGACUUCAACCUGUAGAAUUAGAUUAA